GCUUGAAAUUUGAUCCGAAGAAACAGAAAGAGGAGGGUCAAAGGAAAGUGUAAGAAACACGAGGGAGUGGGAAGGCCGGAUGUAGAUCCAGACAGCCUGCAUCUGUAUUCUCUCUGAUUUGUGCGUGACUUUGCAUUUCCUGUGCGUGCGAAAGGUUUAUAACUAGAAAGCAGGUUUUGGAGUGCCUCAGUUGCUUUGCUCGCAGGUUAUGAAACUCUGUCCUCAUUCGCCUUCCCCUCUGAGUUCAAAGGUUUCUGAAGUUCAGCCGGUGCUGAACAGGGACAAGUUUUGACAGACAGAUGGAGUGCGUCUCUUUCCUGCCGCUGUCCCAUUUAGCCAUUUGUGGUGGCACCCAUGGAAAUGAGAUGUCAGGGGUGUAUAUGGUGAGAGAAUUGCGGAAACAGAAGCUAGAAAAGGCUGGCUCUGUGUCUAUAACCACUGUCCUAUCAAACCCCCGUGCGGUGGAUGCCUGCAAAAGAUACACAGAAACAGAUCUCAACCGCUGUUUCACAAGUGAGUUGCUGAGUGCCCCCAUAACAGAUUUGACACCCUAUGAGCUGAGGCGAGCCCAGGAGCUGAAUGCUCAGCUUGGGGCCAAAGGAAGUGAAGAGGCCGUGGAUCUGCUCUGCGAUCUCCACAACACCACUGCCAACAUGGGCCUCUGCUUCAUCUUUUACUCCUUAGACUGGGUCACCCUGCAUAUAUACAAAUACAUAGAGAGCAAGAUAACCUCUGUGCCUGUGCGAGCAGUCCAGCUGGAUAUACCUGUCUCUGAGGCUUACUCCUUAGAGUCAGUGGGCAAACGUGGCUUCACAAUCGAGGUCGGUCCUCAACCCCACGGUGUCCUCAGAGCUGAUAUCUUUAACAUGGUGAAAGAGGCGGUGGAUCUCACAAUAGAAUGGCUACAGCUGUUCAAUUCUGGAAGAACUUUUGAAGGAGGUGAAUUGGAGUCAUACACUUUGACGAAGAGCAUAGACUACCCAAGGGAUCCUACGGACAAUGAGAUUACUGCUGCCAUACACCCCCAGCUGCAGGAUAAUGACUUCAAGCUUCUCCAACCAGGGGACCCCAUAUUCCUGUCAUUUUCUGGGGAGACGGUGAAGUAUGAGGGAGAAGAACUCUACCCUUUCUUUAUCAAUGAAUGUGCCUACUAUGAGAAGAAGAUUGCUUUCCAUUUAGCUCGAAAGAUCACUCUGACCUUCCCGUCCAUAAGUGUAAAGAAGGACCAAGAGUAGAGAGACAGAACAAGGCCAAUAUAUAUUGCAGAGCUUUUAAAUUAUAUAGUAUUAUAAGUAGUAUAAUAUGCACACUACAUAUAUAAUAAUGUUUUUAAUCAUCUCAAAUGAUUCAUGAGCUAAAAUACAAAAGUAUGCAAUGAUGUUGCAAUAAUCUGCAAUUGCUGGACACAAUGACAGGAUAACUUCCUUGUAAUUUAAUGCAAUAAAGCAGCUACAGCACUACCUCUGUGAGGCUGAAGAAUAAGCUCAUGUGUAACACCAGAGACGUUGUUGUUGAUGUACUCUGAAUGGUAUUGCACAGGUGCUGGAGUAAUGAUCCUCCACCCCCUAUAUACUUACUAGUAUGAAUUAUUCUAGGGUAGGUGGUCUUUUAUGCACUGUGGUAAUAAUGCAAAACACCAUGACUGAAUAAAUGGAAAAAUCGAUCAUUUUAAACAACUGGUGUGUUUUCACUUAACUUGACUUUGAUCUUUAUAAGGUCAUAACAUUUUACAGAAAUGGAAUUCUAAUGGACCUGCGCAGUCUCCAACAGAAAUGUGGUUGUCAGUCAAAGGAAAUAAACGAUCAGGCACUCCUAUACAGAGUAGAGAGAAUAAGGCAUAUUAAAAGUAUUAAUUUCGUCUGUCAUGUUAAACUCAUAAUGAUAAUUUAGAUAAUGAUGAUAAUUAAUAUCAAUGGAGUAAACCUGGCAGUGGUCUGUCCAGACGAUAAACUGAAAAUAAACAUUAUUCCAUUUCAUCAAAUAAUUAAAGGAUCAACAUAAAGAAGUAAAACUAUUCCAAUGGUGUAAAAAUAUUAAUAUAAUGAACAUAAUGUCACAGUAUGAUGCUGUUGCAUAAAUAGGUCAAAUCAAGGCU